CAGUAUCAUUAGAUUAAUUUAAAUUUCAUGUGUGAGAUUAUCUGUAUAUAACUGUAAUAUAACAUGUAAUAUUUGCCUUCGACUACUCAUUUAAAAAUGUGCACAUGUAUUAUUUUGAGUUUCUAAAUCAAUUAUCAUUGUAUUUUAAUAUUUAUCACUAAAUAAUAUUAAUCUAGUAGUAUAGAUUUAUUAUUAUACCAGAUUUAUAUUUAAAUAUGUCGGGAGAAACACGAUAUAGAGAUGAAAAAACUCUGACUAUGGAUUCAAACAAACUACUUGAAAAAUUAAAGAAUUAUUUUCAUCACCCUACCUUCAAAAGUGAUUUACAGAAAAAUGCUAUUUCAACAAUAUUAAAACGAAAAUAUGAUGUGUUUGUAUCAAUGCCAACUGGAUCUGGAAAGUCAUUAUGUUAUCAACUACCUGCUGUACUUCACAAAUCUAAAGUUACAAUAGUUUUUUCACCUCUUAUAGCUUUAAUGAAGGAUCAAGUUGAUCAUUUAAGACGCUUACAUAUUUGCGCUGAAACAAUUAAUUCAAAAAUGACUGAAUCUGAACGAAAACGUGUGAUUAAUGACUUAUAUUCUGUAAAAGUAUCAACUUCUUUACUUUAUGUGACCCCGGAACAAGCAUCUACAGACUUUUUUAAGGGUUUAUUGUCAUAUUUAGUUCGAAAAAAUAAACUUGCAUAUAUAGUGGUUGAUGAAGCUCAUUGUGUAAGCCAAUGGGGUCAUGAUUUUAGACCUGACUAUUUGAAGCUGGGUGCACUUAGACAACUUUAUCUACAUAUUCCUUGGAUUGCACUUACAGCUACGGCUAGUGCGGAUGUUGUUACUGACAUAAUGAAUGUAUUAUGUCUUAAAACUCCUGUUUCAAAAUUUUCAACUCCUUGCUUCAGGUCAAAUCUAUUCUAUGAUGUAAUAUUUGAUGAUACCAUUGGAAAUUCUUAUCAGCAUUUGAAAGACUUUAUUGAUCAAUGUUUUUGUGAUGAUGCAAAUUGUUUAGACAGUACUUUAAAUAUCAAUCCGUUAAAUCAACCUUGCGGAAUCAUAUAUUGUAGAACUAGAGAAUUAACUGAAGAAAUUGCUACAGUUCUUAGCCGAAGAGGUGUUUCAAUAGCCCCCUAUCAUGCUGGAUUAAAAGAUAAAGAACGUCUUGCUGUUCAAGAAGCAUUUAUGAGUGGACAUAUUCAAGUAAUAACUGCAACUGUAAGUUUUGGAAUGGGAAUUGAUAAAGCAACAGUAAGGUUUGUUGUGCAUUGGGGUAUACCAUCUAGUAUUCCAGCUUAUUAUCAGGAAUCUGGUCGUGCUGGAAGAGAUGGCAAACUUGCUCGAUGUCGAAUUUAUCAUUCAAAACAUUCAAAAAAUUCAUUAGAUUUUAUUUUAAAAUCUGCCAUAACUCAAGCUAAAACCCAAGAUAAACAAAAAAAAGCGAAAGGAAGUUAUAGCAUGUUUCUAAAGAUGAUUCAGUUUUGUGAAAGUGUAUAUUGCCGACAUGCAUUUUUUGCUGAUUAUUUUGGAGAUGCAAAACCUCAAUGUAUUGAUAAAUGUGAUGUAUGUUGUAAUAAAGAAGCAGUAAAAGCAGAUUUAGAUUCAUUUAUGUUUGGAUUACAAAACAUGAAUCAUACAAUUGCAUCAAAUGAACAACUAGUAUCUAGUGAUUUUUAUGGUGGAGGACGCAAUGCUGUUAAAGAGGAAACUGAAGAUUAUAUGCGUGAGGGAGAUCGGGAAGAGCAUAAAAAAAAUUUAGAACUAGAAUUGGAAAUAAAACGACAAUUUGAAAUCAGACGAGCUAGUAUACAAAAUCUUAUUAAAGAAAAUGAAGAAUUUGUAAAAAUUUCAAAAGUCAGAGCAGCUGCAUCUACUACUAAAAAAGUCAAUGGUUUGCUGUUAUCAGUGAGAGAAGAAUUAUUGAGGUUUAUUGAAGAACACUUAAAUAAAAAUAUUGAAGAAUGUUCUUUGUGUGAUUCUUUAACAGAAAUAACUAAAAAAGACCUUCACAAUAUUGCAGUUGACUUAGAAUAUGAAGCAUUUACUAGUUCAAAAGUUGUUUCUGUUUAUCGGAAGAAAAUUGCAAAAACAGUUUCACUUAUCAAAGAAGAGACUGGAGCUUCAAAUAUCUUUGACAAAAUAAAAAAUUAUACACGACCAGAGAAUUUAAAAGAAGAACCUAAAGAAAAUUCAACUAAUAAGACAGAACUCCCAUCUAUAGUCACUGCUUCAGAUCUUAUUCAAGCCCAAAUGAAUAAUAAAGUACCAGAGCCCAAAAUCAAAAGAGGAAUAAAACGAGAUCAUUUAACUCAGCAAUCAAUGAAAUCAUUUGUAGUUCCAACUACUAAUUUACCUACAUUAGAAAAUGAAGAAUGUGUUACUAAAAAACCUAAAAUAGCGAAUACUGACAGUGACAUGGAAAUAUCUUCUGAUGAUGAUGUUCAAAUUAUAGAAAGUGUUGAUAUAGAUGUUUCUAAAAAUAACAGUUCACCUAAAAUAAAAGAAUUUCAUCCACUAGAGAAAAGACAUGAUGUGUCAAAUAAUGAAUGUAAAUUUAAAGAAUCUUCAUAUUAUCAGACUUCUGCUAAUAUGCAAAUUCCUAAAAUAGUUAUGGCUUCUAAUCUAUUAAAAAAUAAUUAUGAAUCUUACAGUUCAAUGCAUAAUUCAUCUAAGGAUUUGAUAAAUUCUGAAAGUGAACAUAUAGGAGUAAAUAAUAUGUUACCUUCUCAUCAGGAUAGAACAAAUCCUCAUACAUUUAAUAAAACUUGUAUUAAUAAAAUAAAUAAUGUUCAAAAUCAAGAAAAUGGAUUAUUACAUAGUCAAUUUAAAAGUAAUAAAUCUCAAACUUCUGGAAAAAAGAUUAAUGAUAUUUUUAAUGAAUUAUCUGAUAUUCUUAAAAGUCCAUCUGAAAACGGAAAAAAAGUAACCAAAUUAAAUGAACUUGCUUUAAACCAAAAGGACUUAAAACGACCAUCGCUUGAUCAUAGAUUAUCAACUCAGCAUAACAUUGAAGUAUCUUCGUCAAAAAGUAAUAUGAAUAGUCUAUUUGGUGAUGAUAGUGAUGAUGAAAGUAAAAUAUUGUUUGAUAUUAAAAAGAAAUCCUUGGGAGUCCGACUUGGAAUGUCAUCAAAUGUAAAUAAUACUUUCAAGACAAGCAAAAAAAUUCAUGAAUCUACAAAAACAAUUAGAAAUAAGACUGAGGACCCAAACAAUAAACAGAAAAAGUUUGAACUAUCAAAUUUAGUUGUAAGCUUAUUAAAUCCUUACUACAAAAAUAGUUUAUUUAAAACUAAGGAAUUAUUUAAAUUCAUGGCAAGAGAAAUUGUUCAUAAAUUAUUGGAGUCCACUAGUCAUCCAGAGGAACAAAAUAUCAAAUUGAUAAUCAGAAAAUUAUUUCCAAAGGAACAUAAAGUAAAAAUUGAAUCUGAAAAUCAAAUAUUGAAGUUAUUGAAAUCUAUUCCUUAAUGUUUCAUAUUUUCAUGUUUAAUUUCAUUUUAUA